UCGAUAGUUCCUACAAUUUUAUUUUGAAAUCUGGCACCGGAUAUGAAUAACGUUUACCGAAGCCAGUUUCACGCUACUGUCAUUGGUCAUUUGCCGGGAGUUCGGGGUAUAAAACGGAUGGAGAGUUUUUGUAGCGGGUUUAAGAUUGCGGGCCAUAUAUUGGGCAGUAGCUGAUGUCACUGAUGUGAGUUCAGGACGUGAGAGUACCACAAGAUGAGUUCUCAGCAGUACCCACGAGCAGGACUGCCCCCAGGGCUUGCACAAGGACAGGCACCUGGUGGAAACACUACUGUGGUCCAAGGCAAGCCAACCAACGCAGGCGGCCACGAAGAUGCUGGUCGUGACGGUGACCACGCUCCCAUCGCGGCCGCCCCACUUCGAGACGACAAGCAGGAGACUGUGGUAGUGAGGCCGUACCCCCAGGCCCACGCAGGGACGUCAGCCGCGCCCGCCCCCCUGGCCCAGCACCUCCCUGUGCAGCCAGCCACAGCGCCUGUCUCGGCCCCGGCUGUCUCUGCUGCCUCGGCUCACGUUCCCCAGGGCGUGCCCAUCGCCUUCACCGAGGGGCCUGCGAAGUCCGCUCUGAAGACCACCAUGCCUAGCCGUGUAAUUGCUCCUGCCCCAGUGUCGGCUCAGGGGCACCUCGCCGUGACCCACAAGGUGCCUGGCCACAUUACUGUGACCAUGGAGAGCACUAUUCCACAGGCAUCUGGGAUCCCCGUGGCAGCCAUCAGUGGCCAACAGGGUCAUACCGGAAACCUGCACCGCAUCAUGACCAACGUGCAGAUCAUUCGUAGCGGGAUCGGGUCCUCUGCUGCUCCUCCACACCCGUUCCCCACCCACUUACCCCGAGGUGCUGCAGCAGCCGCCGUGAUGUCCAGCUCCAAAGGACCGACUGUGCUGAGGCCGGCGUCCAAUCCGAAUAGUGGCGCAGGGCAUCCCACAGUGCAACACCUCAUCCACCAGCCUCUCCAGACGAGACCCAUAGUCACGACUUCCACGGCGGUGCUGUCUACAGUAGUGGCUCCAGUCACAGCAGCCAGGCCCCAGUCUCCUGUCAUUAGCACAGUGGCGGCUCAUACAGGAGACAUUGUCCAUGGGCGUUCUGCUCUAACCAUUCAUCAUUCCCCGGCAACCCUGAGUAUCCAGCGGCCUCCUCAAACACGAGACACGCCCACACGCAUCAACCUUCCUCCACAUCCAGCAAUUGGUGCUCAGAAGCCCCUCACACACACUAUGGCACAGAAACAGAUCUUUGGCGCCGUGUCACCCGUUGCUGCAGCAACCGUCGCCCCUAUUCUGGCCACUAACACUGCUCCAUCUCCCACAACAACAGUGGCGUCCCAUUCCAGCCUUGCUACUGCAGUGACACCUACCAACAUUCCUGUGGCCAAAGUGGUGCCCCAGAUUGCACACACCUCCCCCCGCAUCCAACCUGAGUUUCCUGGUGAGAGAGGAAACCUCAUCCCCAUUCCCCCCCACCGCUCGUCCCCUAACCCCGUCACCAUGGAGAACCGCAGUGACAACAGACAACCUCUUCCUGUGCAGUUUCAGUAUUUUCUACCGACCUACCAAUCAGCCCCUUACCCUCUCAACCAUACCUACACGCCCAUCACCAGCUCUGUCCCCACCAUACGACCUUAUCCAGUGACGGCCCAAGCCCCUAGUGCUGCCAUGCCGGCCCAGACCGGCGUGGGUGUGGCCUCCACUGUGCACCUGAACCCCAUGCAGCUGAUGACGGUGGACCGCAUCGCACAGAUCAACACUCAGAACAUCCAGCCUGCAGCUGUGGCUCAGGGGGUCCAGCCCACAGCCAUUGCGGCCCAGGGCCUGCACACCUCCACUGCCAUGACCUCGCAGAGCAUCCAGGCGGCAGCUGCCAGCCUUCAGCAAACCCCCUCUGAGGCCAAGGCUUCAGUGGUGCUGGCUGAUGGCUCCACCCUGGUGGCCAACUCCAUGAACAAUGCCUUCAGCGCCAGCCAGCCUGCUGCCACGGUAACACAGUCCCACCCACAGGGUGGCAGCUCUGGGGCGCCAGCGGUGGCAUCAUCCCCCCGUCCCAGCAUCCUGCGCAAGAAGCCCGCCAGUGAGGGUGCUGCUGUGAGGAAGAACCUGAUUGCGGCACAGCUCGGUGACUCCACCAGAAUGGAUGGAGGUUUGAGGAGCACUUCAGGAUCACCACGACCCGCAGGAGUGAAACCUAAAUCAGAUGUGCUUGUCGGCCUUGCUCCUCCGGUGAAUGCUACGGUGGAGCUUGUACCUGGCCAAACCUCUGAGAAACAGCAACAGAAUCCUGCCCCCCCUUCUUCUCAGGUCCCUGCCCAGCCUGUCUCCUCCCUGCUGACAUCGACCACGCCCCCAUCUCAGCCUGUUCCAGCUGCCAUGGCUGUCACACCACCUAUCCCUUCAAUGGCAAAUGUAGUAGCCCCGCCUUCCCACCCAGCAGCCAGCAGCACAGCAGCUUGUGGCAUUAGCUCCACCCUCCCAGAAAUUAAUGUCAAGCAGGAGGCAGAACCAAUGGACACCUCAAAACCAGUGGGGGCAGCACCACCUAGUGGCACCCCAGCUCUGGCAGUGCCCGGUGUAGACCUAGUCCCAGGGGCAUCACCUCGAAAGAAACCCCGUAAGCAGCAGCACGUAAUCUCCACAGAGGGAGGUGAAAUGAUGGAGGCCAACAGUAGCGACGAGGAGAAAGUCCUCACCAAACCUCCUGGCCAUCGGCCCGAGAAGCGCAAGUCUCCACCAAAGGAAUACAUCGAUGAGGAGGGAGUGAGAUACGUCCCGGUUCGUGUCCGGCCGCCAGUCACUCUGCUGCGACACUACCGUAACCCCUGGAAGGCAGCGUACCACCACUUUCAGAGAUACAGCGACGUCCGCGUUAAAGAGGAGAAGAAGGGCACAUUGCAAGAUGUAGCCAGUCAGAAGGGUGUGGUCGGACGAGCUCAAGGCUGGAAGAUUCAUCUGUGUGCUGCUCAGCUGGUGCAGCUGACGAGUCUGGAGCAUGACGUCUACAGUCGCCUGACGAGUCUUCAGGAGGGACUCAUUCCCAAGAAGAAGCCCGGAGCCGAUGAUGAUCUCCACCGCAUCAGUGAACUCAUACAGGGCAACAUGCAGCGCUGUAAGCUCGUGAUGGAUCAGAUCACGGAGGCCCGCGAGGCCAUGAUGAAGGUGCUGGACCACAGAGAGCGAGUCAUGAAGCUCCUCAACAAGAACGGCAGCACCAAGAAGCUCAACAAGCUUAAGCGGAAGGACCGAGCCUGAGGGACCCGCCCCUGGUCCCACACUCCAUCAGAACAGUCACCCAGAGUGCAGGCUCCGGUCCUCAGGUCAUCAAUUGCUCCACAACCUGUCUUCACCUGGGACAUGCGGUGAGGCGUAAGGAUGUCGAGGAAAGCCAUUCAAGCGGAAAUGAAGCUGGAGGAGUUUGAAUGGCUCGCCCCUUUUUGUCUCACAUGCAGAGAAAUGAUUUGGUACACAUGCAGAGAAAUGACCAUGCACCCGAACCGAUGGCUGGGCCUUUCAGCACCGAGGCAUUGAGGAUGCUAAACAUAAAAGCCUUAUACCUCCACUACAGAAGACAAACAUUUGGGAAAUGUUCAAAGUGCACAGUUGUAAUUCCAGUAUAUUACAAUAGGCUCUUUUGCUUGUGUUCAUGCAGCAAGGUGGAAACACACUUUACUACUUUCCAUGUCCAAAAUGCAGCCUGUGAUCUUCGACAUGCAGGGACUUUGUUCAUGGUGUUUGUGUCCCCUUGUUGGAUCCCAUUUAGCCAUCCACUAAUAAUGGUUUUAUUUUCUGAGAAACUCAAAGUUGUUUAUCUUCACUAAAUUGCAUAAUGCUUGUUUACUGAAAUUGAACUGUAGCAUAAGACUGGGGGGGGGGCAAAAGCUCAGAUGCUUUAAACAAAGAGGAAAAGGAGUCUUCAUUUAAGCCCUUGCACAUUUCUUGGACACUUGCACACAACUUGGGUUCAUUGCUUACAGAGCUGUAUGUUUGUUUACAGUAGCCUCAAACUGACUUAUCUAGCUUCGUUCAUUUUGAUAACUGGGUUUCAUAGCAUGCUGCACUCGUGGUCUCACGUGGUAAGCAAGAAACCAAAAUGGUUAUUGCAUCAGUUUGUGUUCACUUCCUUUACCUUGGGAAGUGUCCUCUCUGUCACUGAAGAUACACUUCUCUCUAGCUAUAUUAUAUAUAUAUCGUACUCCUCCUUCUGUAGUAUGCAACACUGUUAUAAAAAGACAAUUAAUAGGUAUUAUGAGAAUCAAAGGGCAGAGUUUAAGCUUCAGGAAGAAACCACAGUAUAUAUUUAAUUUUCCCCAGAUGAUGCUAUAGUACUGUUCAUUGCGUAUGCUAAGUGAAUCGCUUAAUCAUUAUGUAGGAUGCGAGGUGUAUGUGUAUAGUGCAGGCCCCCAGUUUUUGUGACUUAUAAAUCAUGGAACAGAGAAACUACGAUGAUCUUGUCCAUGUUCUGCUUGGAUGUCUUGAGUGGCAAGUGGGAUGCUGGGUGAUGAUUUUGUUUUUUCUUUCUCUUUUCCUCCUCUUUGCUUUUGUGUUGCUAGUGGGCCUGCAAAUGAUCGGGCUUGUCUGAUGUGCGUAUUCAGAGCACGCUGUGUUGACUAGUCACAGCUUCUUGGCUUUGUUUGCUUAGAAAAAAAAGGCUGCGAGUGGAUAUUCUAGUAUUUGUGCAUGCAUGCAAGCCAAAAGCUUUGGCAGAGAAAAUGUACAUGAUGCCACUGAUUUAUUGUUUUUGUUUUUGUUUGUUGUUUUUUGCUAUUCUAAAUUAACAAUGUAGUUUUCUUUGCAUUUUUUUUUCUGGAUCCAUUAAAGUGUUUUGGUUAAACCCAGGUGAACUGGUGCAGCCACUGUCAUAGUGUGCUGUUGGGACUGUAAAGAUAUCAAGAUAUGAUUUGUGGUUUCCCCACAGCUGUAAGAAAAUAAAACAGUAAAGACAAUUUGUUCAUAA